AUGCGGAGCCGCUCACCACAAAGGCGGCGGCCGGUGUAUCGCGGUGACUUGCCACCUCCACCUCCUCCAGCUGCUCCCGCUCCAGCUCAGAGGCCUAGGCCUAGGCCGCAUUCCCGGGCACCGGGAGCUUCACCGACCUUAGACAAAGUUAGGGAGUUUUUGGCCGAGGCUGGAUUCGACAGUACCGAGAGACCUCGGCACGACGUCGCAUCCAGAAGUCGCAGCCACCAGAAAGCACCGGAGGCGCAGCCUCAGCCGCAGCAGCCUCGAAGCGCAAAACCCACGAGCCGAAUCCAAAAGCAGAACCUCCCGACCUCCAAGAGAUUACCGGAUCCUCCACCAGCUCCACCGGUUCCAACUCCCAGAGGCCCAUCUCGACCGGUACAGGCACCGGCGCCACCUCCACCCCCUCCCGCCCCACCAGCCCCGCCAGCCCCUGUCAGCUUUAGAAAGGAGCCUGCGAAAGGCACGUCCCGAGCAUGGGCGGACCAACCGCUGCCUCGCAACUCCCGCAGCGACAGUAGGGAGCGCGAAAGUCGCAUCCCGUACGAUCCUCCCGCCCCACCACCUGUCCCUGGCGGAAGACGCUGGUAUGAAGACUCUUCUGGCAGCACCAGACACCUGCCGGAGCCCCCGCCAGUGCCGGAAUCCAAGACGCCGAGGGCACCAUCACCCCGACGUGCACCCAAACCGGAUUCGUGGGACAGCUGGCAUUCGGAAUACGGGGAUGGUUACGAUGCACGAUACGAUUAUUGGGACGUUCCAGAUCGUCGACACUAUGAUCGGUACGAGACAUGCUCACGCAGCUCGCAAGAGUCCGAGGAUGAAGGUGGCGACCAAUGGAUGGAUCUGCCUCCACCUCCACAGGUCCCGCAAGGAUACAGCGGCAAAGGAUUUUCAAAAAGCAUGCCUCGCAAGAAAGCAUUCAAUCCGAGCCGGUGGUUUUGUCAUGUUUGCAACAAAGACUUCUGGAAUCAGGAGAAGUAUGACAGCCAUGUUGCAGAUGAACAUAUCCCCUGUCCCGAGGAAGGUUGUAAUUUUUCUGGUCCAGAGCAUGUCAUGGCGGUGCACAAGCUCAAGCAUGUCAAGGCAGCAGACGGCUCGAGUGUGACAGACUCGCCGGAAGAGCUGACAGCUUGGAGAGCUAUGCGGAAGGCGAACUUCCCCAGCAAGGGCAACUUACAGAGAAAGAUAGAGCUGGAGGAGAAGAGGCGCUUGUCUGGUGCACUUGCAGAUCCUCCGAAGGUGAGUAUGCUGGAGAAGCUCCUCCGAAGCCAACACGGCAUGGAGAAGGGCAAGGGCAAGGGCAAAGGGAAGAAAGGCAAGUUCAAAAGCAAAGGGAAAGAUGGCAAAGAUGGCAGAGGGAAGGAUUAUAGUAGUUAUGGUUACACUUAUAAUUUUAAAGGGGAUGGAAAGUCAAAGGGGAAGAAAGGUAAGAGCAAGGGAAAGGAGAAAGGAAAGGGCAAGCGAAUGCCUUGGAGCAUGGGCAUGAACGAAGAGCUCGAAGACAAUGCUCAUCCAACGCAUUCACUUCCUCUGCCAUCCGUUGUAGCAAACUGCGUCCCAUUGGAGUCCUCCUUUGGUAACUCGAGUGGCCAAGCACGCUACCAAGCUUUCGACAGUGGCAGAGGGAAGCUGGGAGUUUGCCGCUUCUUUGAGCGAGGCUUUUGCUAUCAUGGCGCAGCCUGCCAGUAUGAGCACAUCGGCAGCCCGCCGCAGGCUCAGGCCUCUGACAUCACGCCCACUGCUUGGUGGGUGUUGCCUUCGACGCUGGCAAACAGAGCUGGUCGACCUGGCGAGGGUCCCGCGGGCGGCGUCUUUGGGCCUCUUCGCACGCGUCAGGUGCGAGCCACCCACGUCGAGCCCUACCGCGCCCCGGAAGCGCGCGAACGACGAGACGGACUGCUUCGGAGAUUGCUGCAGCCAGAUGUGGAACGAUACUACUCGGCCAUCCUUCAGUGCGUGCGCUACAUCGUUGCUACCGAUUUCUUGCAGCUUGAGAGACCUCAUGCACCAAGUGUACCAUUUCGAGAGGAUACCACUCCUGAGAUACCGACAGCUUGUGCUGACCUCGGGAGGGAGGAGCUUGAUGAUUCCGAGAUUUCGAAACUUGGUGCUUUCCUGAAGCAGAGCUGA